GGAGAAGCCCGUGCGUGGACAGUAAAUUGCUGGCAAAUGGAUGAGUUGCGCGGUUUCAGUUUGGGUGGUGACUGUGCCUGGACUCGUUUCUCCGCAGCAACAGCUGGCUGUCAACUCCCAAAAUCCACGAUGACCUGCGCAAUAAGUGAAAUCUCAAGAGCUCUGGCCAAUGUACCUGGGAGCCCAAUUGCCAACAGCCACAGUGAUAUUCCUCAUAAAGGACUACAUAAGACUGGGUCUCAAGCUACGUGCAUACAGGGAUGGAUAGGUGAAAACUAAAAGGCCAAGAAGUGGCCUUUAGUCAUGCUGUUAUUUAUUCUAGUUCUAUAAGGGGACAUGAAUAUAUCCCUAACUGUAGCAGUUUCCUUUCAGUUAUUGUUCUUUGCCAUAUAACAAUGCCUUUAAAUAUAAGAGCAAAGCCCGCGCACAGCAAGAUUGCUGCUGCAAAAAGUAGUGGGCACACAGAUAGCAGUACAUCUCAUUCACGCUUCUCAAAAUUAUCUAAACAUGGGAAAGGCAAGCAGACUAUAAGUUCAGCGCCAGGGUCUCGCUCAGGGCUUGAGCCAGGCUCUGUGUCAGGGGGUGUGCCUGCACCAGCAGCUAAACUAGCUGGGGCUCAAGGAUCAGUGUCAAAGUCAGGUUCAAAAAUCAAGGCUGGCACAGCAGCAGACAAAGGCUCAAGUCAUGGUUCUGCAACUGCUCCCGGGGGUAAAACCCUGUCCAUGGAGAACAUCCAGUCUUUAAGUGCCGCCUAUGCUACUUCCAGCACAAUGUAUCCCGGUGAGAGAGAGUCCUUGGAAUCCUCUGGUGGGUACCCCAAAGGCACCAUGACAUUGGGCCGGAAUACCAGUCGAUCCUCUUACACUGGCCGAAAAACACCCAUGGGAAGCAGCCCAAACAUUGCAUCCUCCGAGUUGCAUCAUGUGUCAGACCCUUGCAGUAGCCAAACCAUGCCUUCUGCCAGGACUUCCAGUCUGCGGCAGCAAACUGGAAGAUAUAACCAAACGUUAGAUUUUGCUGGGCGGGGAGAAGUUUGCACCUAUGACCUUCAGGCUCAGGUGAGAGAGCUGCAGAGAGAGAAUGACAACCUCCGGAGAGAACUAGAUGGAGGGAGGGAUGGAAAGACGGGGCACAACGUUAACAGUGUGAACUUCUGGAGCCCUGAUGCAAAGAGAGACAAGGGGGUUAAGCGUGAAGAGGGAGGGAGGACUUCAGUCGUCAAGGACCAUUACAGGGUGAACCAAGGAGACGUUCAGCCAGGGGAUAUCAGAAGAACCAAGCAGCUUCCGUUAACUGUUCAAGAGCUUCAGGAGGAGCUGAGAGCGCACAAAGAGAUGAACAGUCGCUUGCGGCAGCAACGGCAGCAGGGGAACUCCUAUCGAGACCACCAUACGGACCAGGACUUCAGGGGGGGCGUCAGCCCCGGCCACAGCCCCAGACAAAGUGCCAGCAACCUGCACAGUCCUGCACCAAAGAACAGCCCCAGAGCCAGCCCGUCCAACACCUACAAUCCAAGGCAACAGGAGGCUGACAUCAUCAUUCAUAGCCCUGGCUAUGGGUCUAGUACCGCAGCAGCCACACAACGACACAGCCCGGCCAACACGCUUCAGCUCGGCCCACGGACCAGCCCGAGUCAGCCCCUUUACAGUCCCAUCCAGGCUCCCGUAGCACCGGCCGCCUCUCACUCUCUUCGUCCCCGUAGCCCCUGUCAGGUACCAGGGUGUGAUGGAUUUUCCUCGCCUCCUCCCCUCGAUCCGUCUGAGGAAAACUUCUUCCGGCUGCAGUCCGAGCACGAACGGCAAGCCAAGGAGCUGUCCCUGUUGAGGAAGACCAUGGAGCAGAUGGAGAUGAGAAUCGACUCUCAGAAGCAGACGCUGGGUGCUCGGGACGAGAGCAUUCAGAGGCUGUUGGAGAUGCUUCAGGGUCAAGGCCAGGGAUCCUGGGGACGGGGUCAGCGGACAGGCAUAAUAGCCAUGGCAACACAGGAGGCCGAAGCCCAGCUGGAGAACAUGCAUUUGAGAGAGAUAGAGCAGCAGAAGCAGGAGCUGAACAGGAAGGAGUCGGAGAUGCAGGCCCUGCAGACCAAACUAGAAACACUGACCAAUCAGAACUCUGAUUGCAAGCAGCACAUCGAGGUGCUGAAAGAGUCGCUCACAGCCAAGGAGCAACGGGCAAAUACGCUGCAGACAGAGGUAGAUGCCCUGCGAGUGCGUCUGGAGGAGAAGGAACAGUUCCUGACCAAGAAGACCAAGCAGCUGCAGGACUUGACUGAUGAAAAGAGCACGCUAACAGGAGAGAUCAGAGACAUGAAGGACAUGCUGGAUGUCAAGGAGAGAAAAAUCGUUGUCCUGCAGAAGAAGAUUGAGAACCUGCUGGAACAGUUAAAGGAUAAGGACAAACAGCUGGCUGGAUUGAGGGAAAGAGUUCAGGGUCUUCAAACUGACUCCAGUAAUACCGACACAGCUCUGGCCACCCUGGAAGAAGCUUUAUCAGAAAAGGAGCGAGUGAUUGAGAACCUGAGAGAGCAAAAGGAGCGAGAGGACAGGGUUCGGCUUGAGGAGCUGGAGCAGAUGAGGAGAGAGAACCAGCAGUUAAAGGACAAACUGUCAGCCCAGCAAUCCCAGAAACUGUCACAGAAUCAGACCACUAAUCCUACCUCAACCCAGGACCAGAGAGAUGAUGGAGAGGUGCAAGCCAAAGUAGAUGGGCUUCCAACAGUCAGCCCCACGGCUCAAAAGGAGGAUGCGGUCAGGACGUGCCCGGACAUCGCUGAUCGUCUGAGGCUUCUAGAGAAGGAAGUGGCGCGCUACAGAGAGGAGUCUUCCAAGUCCCAAGCUGAGGUUGAGAGGCUGAUGGGAGCCUUGAAGGAUGCUGAAACGGACAAAUCAUGCAAGGAGAAGAAAAUAUCCGAUCUCGAGAGGCAAAUAAGGUCGCCAAACAUCCAAAAACAGAUGGUGCCAGCCGAGAUGAGGAAAGAUGCUCUGACUGAUGGACAUCCUCAUUCUUUAUCACAGUUGGAGGAACUGAUGGGGGCUUUGGAGAAGACGCGCCAGGAGCUGGAUGCCACGAAGCUACGACUGUCCUCCACCCAGCAGUGCCUCCACGAAAGAGACGGGCACCUGAGCAGUCUGCAGCUGGAGAGACGCAAGCAGCUGGAGGAGGUCCUGGAGAUGAAGCAGCAGGCUUUGCUGGCAGCCAUCAGUGAGAAGGAUGCUAACAUUGCACUGCUGGAGUUAACUGCCUCCAAACGCAAGAAGGCCCAGGAAGAAGUGAUGGCCCUGAAGAGGGAAAAGGACAGGCUCAUGCACCAGCUCAAACAGCAGACUCAGAGCAGAAUGAAGCUGAUAGCAGAUAAUUAUGAGGAAGAUUACAUCCAGCCACAACAUCAUCCGCAUCAUUCCCACCAUUCGCACCCAGUAAAUGUGCAUCACCGGAGUCUGCCAAGAGGGUUCCCCCACGCCAAUCACCGACCACCUGUGGACCAGGUCAAUAUAAAUGAUGAUGAAGAGGGAAUAUGGGCAUGAUGACAACUACCAUGGCAACCUGCAUACCUUUUUUCAUAGAGUGAAAGAACACCAACCACAAGAACCAGAUACCGUGAGAUUAUCUUUGGCUACAAACACCAGCUGAUAUGGCCCCAUCAUCAUGAGCACCAGAUAUACUUAAAAGCAGAUGUCCACUCACACUCCUGUUCCUACCAUUUCGAAAGUACUACUCAUUACCGAUGAAUGUCUCCCUCAUGGACAAAUGCAGUGGCCUGUUUGGGACCCGGGCCCGUUGGCCAUUUUGCGACAAUGGAAGCCGGCCGAGCCAAGGCUUAAAUGUACAAAUCACACCAUAGCCUCAGUUCACAUGGGGAAAAAAUAAUUCCUGCUGGGGCUGAUAGUCCCACUAUGCUGCCCUUUUGACCUGUCCAUAAUGGUGCAUCCUUGUAGAAACAUCGCACUGCGCUUUAGCCAUCAAGGGGUAUAUUCACACCGUGUGAAUCGCAAAUAAGAAAAUAUUUUUUUGGGAAUUGGGCUGAAAUAGCCUGAAAUGAAAUUAUCUUACUGAAAUAAUCCAUUCACUUUACAAUUCAGCUUUGCUCAGUUGUUAAUGCGGUACCUUGAGACCAGAGCUAGACACAGAGACUGCACAAGACUGAACGAAUGUGAUUGUUUCCCUGCAAACAAAUGACAUUGGUGAAUCGGUAUCCCUGUGUUAGUCACUGAAGAUUUAUGCGAAAUGAUAACAAAGUCACCAUCACAAACCUCUAGUUCCCCAUUGUUUUGACAGACUUUUUCAAUCAGCACAAAAUGAAAUAGUUUGGUUUGCCUGUAAUGCAAGGAAGCUGCAGCUGUGUACGGACCAGCGCUUCAUCCAAUGAACCAAUAAAUUUACAUAAAAACUGAACAUGCAAAUAGCCAACAGGGAACUGGCAGAAUCAGACUCAACAAAUUCAGGAGCAAUGUAAGCAUUUGAAUAUUUAACAAGGAAAUUUCUAAAAUGUGUAGAUUUAUAUUUGGGAUCUGGUUUGUCAAAGGGACAGUACUGCAGGAAGCAU